CACUCCGAAUGGGACCAUCCGAUCAAGAACCCCAUUUAGAUACUUCCCCAACACAGGCGACCGUUGCCUCUUCUUCAAAAGGCUUCAAAAUAAAAUACCAUUGUCUGGCUCUCACUCUGUCUCACACGCUAUGACAGUCGCAAGUGUAGCCACGACCCACGCCAGGAAUCUCAUGAAGCUCAGCCUCUCUCUCUUCCGCCGGGGCUUCAACUCCUCCAAAUGCAAGACAGCAGCGAAGAUGGCGGUGGCGAGGAUCAAGCUGCUGAGGAACAAGAGACAGGUGGUGGUGAAGCAGAUGCGGCGAGACAUUGCGUUGCUUCUACAGUCUGGUCAAGAUGCCACUGCUCGCAUCCGGGUUGAGCAUGUCAUCAGAGAACAGAAUGUUCUUGCUGCAAAUGAGGUCAUUGAACUCUUCUGUGAAUUAGUUGUGGCCAGACUUACUAUCAUUGCAAAGCAAAGGCAAUGCCCAGCAGAUCUGAAAGAAGGGAUUGCUAGCUUAAUAUUUGCUGCUCCAAGGUGCUCAGAGAUUCCAGAACUAAUGGCAAUUAGGAAUAUUUUUGAGAAAAAAUAUGGGAAAGAUUUUGUAUCUGCAGCUACUGAUCUGCGACCUGAUGGUGGUGUAAACCGCAUGUUAAUCGACAAGCUCUCUGUAAGAACCCCUACCGGUGAAGCAAAGUUGAAAGUCAUGAAGGAAAUAGCGAAGGAAUACCAGAUUCAGUGGGAUACAACGGAAUCCGAGUUGGAGCUUCUCAAGCCUUUGGAAGAGCGUAUAGAAGGACCAAACACUUUCGUUAGUGCUACCAGUCUACCUGUGAAGCCUGGACCAACUCAGUCUGCUGAGCCAAAUAAGACAAUUACCAGCCGCCAAAAUGGCAAUAUGCAUUAUGAGGACACUGCGUCAGCUGCUGAAGCAGCUGCAGAAUCUGCCAAGAAAGCAAUUGCUGCUGCACAAGCUGCUGUCUAUUUGGCGGACAGAGACUUCAAUCAAGCUACUCAAGCAUCUGGUCUUGAUAAUAAGUUGAAUACUUCAGACCAUGGAUUUGACACCCUUUCAGGCAAAUCUACUGGUUACUUCAUGCCGAAUGACCUUUCCACAGUCAAUUCACAGAAUAUGGGUCAUCAGCUAACUCACAUAUAUGAUUCUCAGUGGUUCGGAAGGUCACAUUAUAUAAGCCGUGAGGGAACACGGGCUACCAAUGUGAAUGGUGGCAAUGUUUAUAGGAGGCAUAGCUACAAUACACCUUCUGUCCAUUCAGACAUGAAGUUUGAUGAAUCCGACUGUGAUGAAGAAAUAGAGACAGAAGAACCUCCUAGUGGCAUUUAUCCGCCACCCAAGCAGCCCCCACCGCCAGAUCCAUCAUAUCAUGAUAAACAAGUUUCAGCUCAUCGUGUUCAUCCCAAAUUACCAGAUUACGAUACACUCGCCGCUCACUUCGAAGCACUGAAGAAUCGCAAAUCACUACCUUAAACGCAGAUUGCUUGGCUCUAUCAAUUUUGUUGGCUUUUAUAAUUCAUAUACAUACAUAUGGUCUAUGCAUGUUAUCAUCCUAUCGUAUAGAAACAAACACCUAUGUCCGGAUUAUUUUUCGUAUACACUGUCCUUGGGGAAAGGGAAUGUGUCAUUUUGUCAACUUUAGUGUCAUAUAAAAUGCAAAUAUUAUGUUAUUCUUUUAA